ACCGCCCGGGUCCCCGGAGAAGCGGUCGACGGGAACGAGCGCGCGCCGUUGUUUGGACGUCGGACUCCCGGUAUCGGUGCCCGCGCCUCCGCUGGUCCGGUGCUCCUGCUCAGAGCCGCCGGUGCUGCAGAACGAGCUAGCCUCGGCGGCGGACUUCAGAGACACAAAGCAACCUCACUGGGACCGAAGUCGGUGUCCGGCGGAUGUCUCGUCGCCUCCCACUGAGGUCGGAGGCCAGCCGGAGACGGGAGGCGGGUCCGCGGCGAGGCCAGUGAUGCGGGCUUCGGUGGCAGGCUGCAGGAUGAGCGUGGGCGCGCUCCUCAACGGGCUGCUGGUCUCCGUGGUCGCCGCUCUGCUUUGGAAGUAUUCCAAGCUGAGUGAGCACGCCGCCCUGCUGGAGGAAGAGCUGCACAUGACGCAGCAGUCCCAGGAGGUGUCGCAGGCCCACAUCGACUACCAUGUCGCCCUGCAGGCCCUCCAGGAGCACGGCACCCGCAUGGUCUGCACCGGCAAGAUGCACACCGACCGCGUCUGCCGCUUCGACUACCUCUGCUACUGCUCCGAGGCGGAGGAGUUUGUGUUCUUCCACUCCAAUUCCUCCGUCAUGUUGCCAAACCUGGGGUCCAGGCGCUUCCAACCUGCCCUGUUGGACUUGUCGUCGGUCGAGGAUCACAACACCCAGUACUUCAACUUUUUGGAGCUCCCGGCUGCCGCUUUAAAGUUUAUGCCUAAACCCGUGUUCGUACCAGAUGUGUCUCUCAUCCUGAACCGGUUUAAUCCAGACAACCUAAUGCACGUGUUCCACGAUGACCUGAUCCCAGCCUUCUACACCAUGAAGCAGUAUUCGGACUUGGAUGAUGAGGCGCGUUUGGUUUUCAUGGAGGGCUGGGGCGAAGGCCCACACUUUGACCUCUACCGACUUCUCAGCAGCAAGCAGCCGCUGCUCAAGGAGCAGCUGAGGAACUUUGGCAAGCUCAUGUGUUUCACUAAAUCAUACGUCGGCCUCUCCAAGAUGACCACCUGGUACCAGUACGGUUUUGUUCAACCACAGGGGCCCAAAGCCAACAUGCUGGUUUCGGGAAAUGAGAUCCGACAGUUCGCCAGGGCUCUGAUGGAGAAAAUGAACGUCACAAGGGUGGAGGAGGUGUACAAAGAUGGAGGCAGUGCUGAACACGAGAAGGACGAUUACGUUGUGGUGUUCAGUCGCUCCGAGACGAGGCUGAUACUCAAUGAAGCCGAGCUCAUCAUGGCACUGGCCCAGGAGUUCCAGAUGAGAGUGGUCACGGUGUCCCUUGAGGAGCAGUCCUUCCCCAGUAUCGUCCAGGUGAUCAGCGGUGCGUCCGUGUUGGUCAGUAUGCAUGGUGCUCAGCUCAUCACCUCACUCUUCCUCCCCAGAGGAGCUGCUGUGGUGGAGCUGUUCCCCUUUGCCGUGAACCCAGAGCAGUACACCCCGUAUAAAACCCUUGCCACCCUUCCAGGCAUGGACCUUCACUAUAUCUCCUGGAGGAACACUCGGGAGGAGAACACCAUCACUCACCCUGACAGAGCCUGGGAGCAAGGGGGCAUCGCUCACUUGGAGAAGGAGGAGCAAGAGCGUAUACUGGCGAGCAAAGAUGUCCCCAGGCACCUGUGCUGUCGCAACCCGGAGUGGCUCUUCCGGAUCUACCAGGACACUUUGGUGGACAUCCCUUCCUUCCUGGAAACCCUGAAAGAGGGCAUGAAGACAAAGCCCAGCGUGAAGAAGUCAAAGCCAGCCAGCACAGUCCACCCGGGCCGGGUCCGAGAACCCCAGUGUCAGACCUCGGUACAAACCACCAACGAGGCCAAACUCACAGUCUCCUGGCAGAUCCCGUGGAAUCUGAAGUACUUGAAGGUGCGAGAGGUGAAGUACGAGGUGUGGAUCCAGGAGCAGGGAGAGAACACCUACAUGCCUUAUAUCCUCCCCCAGCAGAACUACACCUUUUCAGAGAACAUUAAGCCCUUCACCACCUACCUCGUGUGGGUCAGGUGCAUCUUCAACAAGAACCUCCUGGGACCCUUUGCGGACGUGCUUACGUGCAGGACCUAGUGCAAAGACCAUGCCAGUUUGUUGCGGUGCAGUUUUACAAAAGGAGUGGACUCGUGCUUUUCCACACAAUCAAAUUGGAACGAGUGGAGUGUUUGAUUCCAGUUUGUUGGGGUUGUACAAACGGGAUCUGGCAUACCGAUAGAAUCCUCGAGCAGACUGCCGAGCUCUGGCACAGUCGUGUUCCUUGGCCAAACAGAUGGACCCUAAAAGACUUGAACCACAGGGUCCGAACUUAACGGCAACAACCCGUAGUGAAUGGAAAGUAUAUUGUACCCGAGAAAGUUCUAAAUCAUGUCUCUACCGGAAAAACGCAUCAGCAGAUUUAUUUAUGUGCAAAUGUUAUAUGACAUGUUUUUUAGUAUUAGUCAAAACACUGGUUCUUUACCUUUUACAGUAUGCAAUAUAGCUUUUCUAAUGGAGGGCAAGAAAGACUUUAGAUGUGUGUGGUACCCCGUGUGGCGGAACUUACCUCGCAGUUUAAUUACAAACACCGUUAUUUGCAGCACCUAGCCAAAACCAAAGCAACAUUUUUUUUCCAUCAUUCAUGCCAAUAUUACUUUCUCAUGUUCGAGAUAUAGUUCUUACUUCUAAUAAUUGCUCAGAUUUAUACAGUUUUAAAACUCGUCUCGAAAGACAUCGUGAAGGACGAGUGUCAAGCGAGAGUUCUCAAUCGUGCCGCUAGUCAACGUUUUUGACCGGUCAUUUCAUUAUUAUUUUUUUUUUUUGAAUAGUGCUGUCUUUAAAUGUUUCCUCAAAUAUCAUGAAUAUAACAACACACACGUGUUUGUUGCCCAUCCACAAAUUAUGAACAGCCGUUUUACUGCAUGUAUGAAUGAUUUUUCACUAAUUGGCACUCACUACAACUAUAAUAAUUAUACUUUCUGUGGAUAGUGAAUCCAUUACGCCAAUUAAAGUAUUACAUUAAUUAAAGUAGCAGCAGUAUGCCGCUGGACAGUCGGGUUACACGGCAGUUUCAUGAAGAUAACGCGGUAUGUUGCUGCCGAGGAUUCCACUGCCUCAAAGGUUUUUGUAGCUGUCAAGAAGAAUGUUGAACUUUAGAUUGAAACCACAGACAUCCAGAGGUGUCUGUUGAAGGUGUCUGUUUUUUCUACCAUGUUUCUACUGAAGUGCUGCUUGCAAAAAUGUGAUGAUUUUUUUUAGACACUUGCAUUGGAGGUGUUAGUUUGUGGUAGUUGAGCUGUAGCAAGAGACACUGCCAACAACAUAUCGUGUGAUAUUGUGCCAUUGUUCCGGAAUGUUGUGUACAUUUUCCAACGUGUUCUCACUCCCAACUCUGCAAAUAUGGCAGUAUCGAGUAUUGAAGUGGAGAGGUGGGGUGUCCAGCUUUCAAUGCCCCACAGGAUUUUGUGGGUGCACCUUGAAAUGUGUUUCAACUGGCACUUCCUGGAUACCCAGUGUGUUUAAGGCACUUCCUGGAUACCCAGUGUGUUUAAAGCACUUCCUGGGUACCCAGUGUGUUUAAGGCACUUCCUGGGUACCCAGUGUGUUUAAACUGACACUUCCUGGGCAUUAAAAACUUUGUUACAGUGAUCCUGACCAAGGUUCAGUGGUUGACGAGUUGGGAGUGAGAACUUGUUGCCUUGAACCAAUCCUCCGAACAUCACAAUCCCCUCUUUGUAAAGUGUGCCUGCCAUUAUGAAGAUCAUUUACUUGACAUUGAUCCUUUUUCUCAGUUUUCCACUUCCCUCUUAUCUUUUAUUUUGAAGUUCUCAAAUGCAGUUCUGUUUGCCAAUGCAUGUUUUAAGAGAUUAUGUUCAGCCAUUGUUGUGAUGGUUUAGACAUGUAUGGGUUUGUAUUGUUAGUUAGAUUUGUGUGGCCCGGUCCCACCUCAGUGGAGACCUCGUUCUGUAUGUGCUAAGUGAAAUGACAGAGUACAACUCUCUGUUUUCUACAUUAGCAAAUAGUUGGAGUUUCUUUUUCAGUAACUGUGAUUGAAUAAAGAAGCUCAUUUUCUGACAGUA